CUACUUCAUGCUCAAUUGUCUCAACUAAAGCUUGCAUCUUGACACUAAAUUCCCUUUUCUAUUUGGAUAAUUUUGAAAUGUCAUCAGUCAGAAGAGAAGAUAAAAACCCAGCUUAUGGUAAAAGAGUGGCUGUUGUGGGUGCUGGUGUUAGUGGACUUGCUGCAGCUUACAAACUGAAAUCACAUGGCUUGAAAGUUACAGUAUUUGAAGCUGAAGAGAGAGCUGGAGGGAAGCUGAGAAGUGUUUUCCAUAAUGGUUUGAUUUGGGAUGAAGGUGCAAAUACAAUGACCGAGAGUGAGCCGGAGGUUACAAAUUUAAUUGAUAGUCUCGGAAUUCGAGAAACACAACAAUUUCCAGUUUCACAGAACAAAAGGUAUAUUGUAAGAAAUGGGAAGCCAGUAUUAAUACCCGCAAAUCCCAUUGCGCUGAUCACCAGUAACUUUCUUUCUGCACAAUCAAAGUUUCAGAUCAUUUUGGAGCCAUUUUUGUGGAAGAAACAAGAGUUCUCAAAAGUGCAUGAUGCUUAUACUGAGGAAAGUGUUGGUGAAUUUUUUCAGCGGCAUUUCGGUAAAGAGGUUGUUGAUUAUCUUAUUGAUCCUUUUGUUGCGGGAACGAAUGCUGCAGAUCCUGAAUCUCUUUCUGUACGCCAUUCUUUUCCAGAGCUAUGGAAUCUAGAGAAACGAUUUGGAUCUAUUAUAGGUGGGGCUAUUCAGGCCAAGUUAUUUACCAAAAAGGAGAAGAGCAGAGAAUCAAAAGUAUUGUCAGAAAAGAAAAAGCACCAACGUGGUUCAUUUUCAUUUUUGGGCGGAAUGCAGAAACUAACUGACAUGUUGUGCAAAGAGAUCGCAAAAGAUGAGCUGAAACUGGAAUCAAAAGUCUUGUCACUGUCUUACAAUCCUGAUUCUAAGUUGGCACUGGAGAAUUGGUCAAUUUCUUAUGCUUCAAAGGGUGACAAGCAUUUGGAGAACUCGUAUUACGAUGCUGUCAUCAUGACGGCUCCAUUAUGCAAUGUUAAAGCAAUGAAGAUCUCAAAAAGCAGAAGUCUCUAUUCGCUGGACUUUCUUCCUGAGGUAAUUUAUAUGCCACUAUCAGUCAUUAUUACCACUUUUAAGAAGGAUAAAGUCAAGAAUCCCCUUGAAGGCUUUGGAGUUCUUGUUCCUUCUAAGGAGCAACAAAAUGGUCUAAAAACUCUAGGUACACUGUUUUCCUCCAUGAUGUUUCCAGAUCGUGUACCUGAUGAUCAAUAUCUCUAUACAACUUUUGUUGGUGGGAGUCGAAACAAGGAACUGGCAAAAGCUUCAACGGAUGAUCUGAAGCAGAUUGUUACUUCUGACCUUAGGCAGUUGUUAGGAGCAGAGGGAGAGCCCACAUUUGUAAAUCAUUUCUACUGGAGUAAAGCAUUUCCAUUGUAUGGGAGGAACUAUAAUUCAGUGGUGGAAGCCAUUGAUAAGAUGGAAAAAGAUCUACCUGGGUUCGUCUAUGCAGGUAACCAUAAAGGCGGAUUAUCAGUUGGCAAAGCAAUAACCUCUGGAUGUAAAGCAGCUGAUGUUGUCAUAUCCUUUCUGGAAUCUUCUUCUUCUUCAGAUAACAAGAAUAAAUGCUGAAGGAAGUGCCAUGCUAAUUGUUACUGAUGGAGUCUGGUUUCUUGACGAUGACUUGCAAAACAGUAGGGUUUGAACGCUGAUUGGACGAUAGGGUCUAAUGAGCACUCUGAUGGAAAGUCUGUUUAGGCUUUACAAAUAGCUUAUGAGCUUGUAGUGUAAUAAAUGAUAAUGUGAAUCAAUUGGUAUACAUUAAGUUUUGCUCUCCACCUUCACUUCUGAAUGAGCAAUACUUAUAAUAUAGCUUAUUCAACUCAGAAUGAGUAUUAUAACC